AUGGACCGCCACUCGACCCGAAAGGGGGGUUCUGAGCUCUAUCUCUUUCUCUUGAAAACCCUCCAGCCAGCCCCACCAAUUGGGAGCCCGAAAGUAAGACGGAGAGAGCCGACUUGAGAGACAGCCGACUCUCCGCAACGGGCAUCUCAGUUGAAAGCAAGGGGUUGGAGUUCUUUUUCCGAACUUCCCUAGCACCCGGCAAGGGGGCAGGAAGGGGUCUGGCUUUCUAUCAUUAAUCCCAGCCGCACCAGUCAGUGCCACGUAGCACGUGUAUCGUGCGUGAGCCCGCUUCCGAAAGCAAGGGGGAUUUUCGGUCCAAACUCUAUCCAGGGAUCACCCGAUCUGGCACCGCACGGCGCGGUUGUUCAGUAGGGCCCCUUUUCCUGAGAUUGUGACGAUAGGUAGGAGGUUGCCAGGAGGGAUAGCCCAUGAGGUAUUGGGCGGGAUCGGCAGAGUGGAAAGGAACCCCAAGUUAUGGAAUAGGAAAUAAGGAAAGGAAUAGAAAAGGAAACCGGAUAGUUAGAGCUCACUAAAACCACUAGGAAAUUGCCAAGCAACAAGACAUAGAAAACCCUCCCUAAAUAAACCCCUGUACGAGUUACCUAAAUCCUUACUGACCCCUCUCUUUUCCCUUCUCUCUACCCAGACACGCGUGAACCAUAAUAUGGGUACCCAGGCUUCCAAGCACGAGCGGGCUCACUCUGGGAGGAAGGCUUCCAGAAAGCCAUCCCAGUCCCAGAGGGACCCUGACUCCCCUCUUGAAUUUGUCAUCACCUAUUGGAAGUCAAUUCCUGGCCAUAAAUUGUUGUCGAAGCAAAAACUAGAGGACCUCUGCACAGAGACCUGGCCCGCCAGUACCGCCUCCGCCAAACCAGAACUACGUUGGCCAACAGGAGGCUCGUUUAGUGAAGACCGCCUGAAACACCUAAGAAAAUACCUGAUGGAAGAAAAACCCUGUCAGUUAGAGUAUUUGGCCGCCUUUGAGACGGUCAAAGGACUGCUCCAAGCCUCGAAGGGAGCCCCAUCUUAUCAGCUGCCCAUAUUAAAUCCCGGAAGGCAGCCCCUGCCCCUGCCCCCCCCUACGAGGGACACCCCGCAGACGACUCUAUGGAACAAGCCCUGAUUCCCUUUUACUAUAGAGAACCGACACCACCCGCCCCUAGCGACAACUCGGAUAGCGGCGAGGAAGCAGGGGAAGAAGGAGUACGGGGGGGCAGGAAUCAGAGACUUACAAGAUUACAAGCCAGAACAAAGAAGAACCCCACCCCAGAGCACCGUAGUCCUGCAGAAAACCCCAUAGAAAGACCCAGAGGAACCCCGGGGACUUCUAGUCAAGCGAGUCCUACAGCGGUCCAGAUGCCCUUAAGGGCCUUGCCAAUUCCACCUCUCCAACCCGAUGGACCCCCCCGGACGGUCUACACGCACCAACCAUUUUAUACAGCUGACCUAGUAAUCUGGUCAAAUCAAAUGCCUUCUCUGAGGGACGAUCCGGAUAAGUGCCAUCGUCAAGUCAGCGCUAUUUUUUCCACCCACAAGCCCACUUGGCCAGAUGUCCACGUCCUUUUGAACGCCCUCUUUAACGAAGCCGAAAAGGCGGACAUUCUGGCCAAAGCUGGAGAGGCCAUAGAACUCCCGGAUUAUCAGAGAGGACGUCCCGAAGGGUUAGAGGCCCUCUCAGCUCAAUGCUUAUGUAUAGAACCAACCUGGGACUACAACACCACCAACGGGAUCUGGUGCUUAAAUUUAUUUAAGAAAGCAAUUUUGGAUGGCAUAAAAGCUGCUGGACAGCGUACCGUCAAUUGGACGAAGGUCCAAACAGUACUGCAAGGACCAAACGAGCACCCAUCAGAUUAUUACACCAGGCUGGUAUCAGCUAUCAAAACAUGGGGGGGAUAGACCCGGAGAACCCCCAGCAUGAAGUUAUCAUAAAGGGCUUUUUAAAGGACCAAGCCAGCCCAGAUAUCAGAAAAGCCCUAAACCUCCAAAUAGGAUAUGACGGGAAGAGUAUUAGCGAAAUCCUAUCUAUAGCUAAAUCAGUUUACAACUCCCGAGAUGAGAGGAAGCGAAAGGAGACCAAACCUGAAAUUGAACAGAUCUUAGCCCUGAGCAUGGAACCUAGCCCCAGCCGGGGCAGAGGCUUCAGCCGAGGAAGAGGGGUCCGGGGAGGAGGACCCCCCAAUCCCUACAGGCAGUGGGGACCCACAACUGGAGGAUGUUACCACUGUCAGGAAGAGGGACACAUAAAAAGAUUCUGUCCCUACCUUAAUACAGCAGCCUACGGGGGACAAGAAUUUAAGUCUUCUUAUGAUAAUACCAACCAUUCUCCUUUCCCAUCACGUCCCAAUAUGACCCAGGGAUAUGGGAACCAGCCACCUACAGCCUAUACUCCGCAAGUGGCCCUGAAUUCACUACCCCAAAGCCAACGACCCCAACCGGGUCCACGGACUCCAAUGCCCGCCAUAAAUCCACCUACUCACCCUUGGACUAACACCACUGCUCCUCCCUUACACCCGCCAAAUCAACCACCCCCUGACGACCAGGAGACAUAUUGACAACUAAAAGGGGAUCCCAACCCAAGCCAAGCCAUUUGUCCCAUCCUGGCAUUAUCACCAGAAGACCCCGUUUGUACUAUUGAGAUCGAUGGCCACCCCUAUCAAUGCUUAUUAGAUACAGGAGCCACAUACUCCACCUUAACCGACAGCCACCUGGAACCAGGGUCGGAGACCAGGAAGGUCAUGGGACUGGAUGGGUUACCCCGCACUUGCCCACUCUCACAACCGGCUAAAGUCACUCUCGGACCCCUACUGGCGGAGCAUACUUUCCUCCUAACUAGCAGUCCUGUAAACCUCCUCGGCAGAGAUCUGCUCUGUAAACUAAAUGCCACAAUAAAAUGUUCCGGGGAUGGCAUCUACUUGUAUAUGCCUGAAGACUCCGUCCCCGCAUUCCAGGGCAUGAUACAGGAAGCAAAAUCAGACCGCCAAUUUCCCGAACUCCCUCCCGAACUAGAGAAUGAACUACCUCCUUCAUUAUGGGGCACAGAAUCAACCUCCGUAGGACUCUUAAUAUCAGCCACUCCAGUAAAGAUCACUUAUAGAACUGACCUGCCCUUCCCUUGCACCAAGCAGUACCCUCUACCCAAAGAAGCCAUUGAAGAACUAACACCUAUGAUAGAAGACUUCCUCGAAAAGGGGAUCCUGAUCCCCUGUGUGUCACCUUGUAACACCCCAGUGCUCCCCGUAAAAAAACCUUCAGCAGAGGGAGCCCCAGUCCGGUAUCGCUUCGUCCAAGAUCUGAGACUGGUGAACCAAUUCGUAAUACCCCGCCACCCAGUGGUGGGCAACCCAAACUCUCUUCUAAAUGCCAUCCCGGCGGGAACAACGUGGUACACCGCUGCGGACUUAUGCUCCGCCUUCUUUAGUAUACCCUUAGACUCCGCCAGCCAGUUCCUUUUCACGUUCACCUGGGGACCUAGCCAAUUAACCUGGACCAGGCUGCCCCAGGGUUACGUGGAAUCACCAGCAAUCUUUUCUGCGAUAUUACAUCAAGAUUUACAAGACAUACACCUACCUGCUGGCUCCGCCCUCCUUCUCUACGUAGAUGACCUGCUUUUAUGCUCUACUAGUGAGGAGGCAUGCAAAUUAGACACCAAACACCUCCUUUCAGAGCUAGCACGAAAGGGACAUAAGGUAUCCCCGAAAAAGUUGCAAUACUGUAAACAAGAAGUAAAGUACCUCGGGCACAUCCUAGGAGUUGGUACCCGAAGCCUAGCAACCGAUAGAAUCGAAGCUGUCACCAAAAUUCCCCUCCCCAAGACAAAGCGGCAAUUACGCGGCUUCCUCAGAAUGGCCGGGUUUUGCCGGGCUUGGGUUGCGGGUUAUAGUGAAAUCACGAAACCUCUAUCCGCUAUGACUCGCCAAGACCACCCAGAUACAUUGGUUUGGGAGGAAGAAGCCUAUAAAUCUUUUGAACGUCUAAAAUGAGAAUUAAGAUCUGCCCCCGCCUUGGGCCUGCCAGACUACCGGAUUCCCUUUAAUUUGUUCAUCCACGAACAAAUGGGGGUAGCCUCAGGCGUUCUAACUCAACCCUUCCGAGAUCAAGAAAGGCCAGUAGCCUAUUACAGCUUACAGCUAGACAAUACCGCAAAGGGAGCAGUAAGUUGCCUAAGGGCUAUUGCCGCCGCUGCGAUCCUCCUCGAAAAGGCCCAGGAAACAGUAUUGGGACAUGAAAUCACCAUCCAUGUUCCCCACUCUGUCUCCACCCUCCUAACCCUGAGAGGCUGUCACCACUUCUCCAACUCCCGCUUAAACCGAUACGAGGCCCUUCUGCUAACUCCAUCCAACGUCACCAUUAAACGGGUGAAUUCCCUCAACCCAGCUACCUUGAUACCCCUUCCUGACGAUUGCACCCCACACCAUGACUGCGUCACAAUAGUCCGUCAAGCUGAGAAACCCCGAGAGGAUUUAGAUCACCUCCCCUUAGAAAACCCAGACCUAAUACUUUACACUGACGGCAGCUCUAAAGUCAUCGAUGGGGAAAGAAAGACCGGGUAUGCCGCUGUCUCUGACUUUGAAGUCUUAGAGUCCAACCCAAUUAACCCACAGUAUAGCGCCCAAGCCACGGAAUUAAUUGCACUCAUACGCGCUUGUGAAAUUAGCGAAGGAAAAAGGACCACCAUUUAUACGGACAGCAAAUACUGCUUCGGGCUAGUACACACGACCGGCCAAAUAUGGCUCCAAAGGGGCUUCUUAACUGCCGCCGGCUCCCAAAUUUCACAUGCCGCCCUGGUGGAGAGACUGCUAACGGCCAUCCACUUACCCACCGCAAUAGCUGUCAUCCACUGUAAGGCGCACACCAAAGGAAGGGACCCAGUCUCAAGGGGUAACAGACGGGCUGAUAAAGCAGCCCAGACGGCUGCGUUUCGCCCCCCAAACAAUGAAUCCGAAUUCCAAGCCUUACAGUUUCCUGCCGACAUAGACCCUACACAAAUAUACAAAUCGGCCUUAGAGGAAGAGAAAGCCAUGUGGGAAUCCAUAGGCGCUACUGAGCAAAAUGGUAUGUGGACCCUUCCCGAUGGCAGAACCGUCCUUCCAAAAGCCUGGACUCCAAAAUUGGUGCGGAUCCUUCACCAACAAACACACUGGGGAAAGGAGAGGUUAAUAGAGCAUGUUAAGAGGUCUUGGUAUGCUCCAGGGAUAGCAGCCGUGGCUACAGCAGCCUCAAAGAACUGCAUCAUCUGUAAUAACUUCAACCCCAAGUGUGAGCCCAGGAAACCACCAGGGGCUAGACCAUGGGCCUUUGUCCCCUUUGAAAGCUUACAAUUGGACUUUAUCAAUCUGCCCCAAUGUCAGGGCUUCAAGCAUGCCCUAAUCAUAGUAGACCAAUUCUCUUCUUGGGUGGAAGGAUUCCCCUGUCGGAAAGCCACCGCCACAGUAGUUGCUAGGGCCCUCCUACAGGACAUUAUUCCCCGAUUUGGAGUGCCCCGCCGCUUGGACAGCGACAGGGGAACUCACUUCACCGCUGACGUAUGUGCAAUUCGUGGCCAAGGCUAUCCAAAUAAAGUGGGAUCUCCAUACUCCAUACCAUCCACAAUCUUCUGGCCAAGUAGAACGUAUGAACCAGGAGAUAAAAAUACAACUGGGAAAACUUUGCAGGCUCACAGGGCUGAAAUGGGUAAAUGCGCUCCCACUGGUCCUCCAUAACAUACGCAGUGCCCCAACCGGACCUUUGAAGCUUUCCCCGUUUGAACUCCUAUUCGGGAGACCUCCUCCCGUUUACAACACCUUAUUUCCCCUCUCAGAACUCGAGGUGGGGGAAGCAGAACUCACUAACUAUAUUAUUCAGCUCCAGACACAGCUCCAGCGCCUCCACCAAUACGCAGCUAUCGAAGGACAGAACCUGCCCAUCGAUGUCCAAGCCCACUCUUUCCAUCCAGGUGACUGGAUCGUGGUCAAGGUUUACCAGAAACUACCCCUCCAGCCUGCUUGGGAAGGCCCCUACCAAGUGCUUCUGACCUCACCAACCGCUGUGAAAGUAGGAGAGAAAAACACGUGGCUACACCACACAAGGUGCAAGACAUCGCCACCACCCCAGGAGACGCUAGAGAGCCUCGGAGAGGAUUAUACCUUCGAAACCCCACCUCCCUAGCCGACCUCCUACGUCGACGACGACGAGGAACAGACCGGACCAGAUCGGGGCCAGAGUCGGGCUCAACAGACCGGACCAGAUCGGGGCCAGAGUCGGGCUCAACAGACCGGACCGGACACCACAUCACCCAACUGGACUUCCGAGAUCAUCCCAGACACCAACGCCAUCAAAUUACGCUUUAAACGGGUUUGA